CCAACACCUAAAGUCAAGGUUUCCUCUCAAUCCUUACAUAUUAAUGCCUUCUACGCCCUCGAAUUCAGUAUCACCUACAUCGCAAUCACGCCAUAUCUUCUGAAAAGGUCGCCAAGAUGACCGACCACCAAUCAAUGCAGCAUGUCAGCGCUUCAGACGCGCGAGCAUUCAUAGAGAGAGUGCUAAUCGGCAACGGAGUCCCGAAGGAUAAUUCAUUUCUUGUUGCCAAGUGCCUUGUGGAAGCUGAUCUACGCGGUGUCGACACCCAUGGGAUGAACAGAAUCCCAAGCUACAUGGCACGCAUAAGAGAAGGUGUACUGGAUCCACGAGCAUCACCGACUCUGCGCCGGAUUACACCUGCUGUUGCCCAGGUCGAUGGCCAUAACGGCUUUGGUUUCCUUGCAGCACAUAAGGGCAUGGCUGCAGCAAUCGAUAUGGCAAACGAGAUCGGCAUUGGCAUGGUGUCAGUCAAACAUUCAAAUCACUUCGGAAUGUCGGCAUGGGUAGUUCAACAAGCGCUCGAUGCAGGGAUGAUGAGCCUGGUAUUCACAAACUCUUCCCCAGCUCUCCCCGUGUGGGGAGGAAAGUCAAAGCUUAUGGGGGUGUCGCCCAUCGCCUGUGGAGCUCCAGCAGGCAAGAGCGGCUGUCCGUUUAUUGUGGACAUGGCGCCGUCAGUCGCCGCGCGUGGCAAGAUCUAUAAAGCCCUGCGCAGGGGAGAGAAGAUACCAGAGGAUUGGGCACUUGACAAGGAUGGAAACAGGACAGAUGAACCUGCCAAGGCACUUGAAGGUGUCAUGCUUCCCAUGGGUGGGCCCAAAGGUUCCGCGCUCGCUAUAAUGAUGGAUGUUUUCUCAGGAGUCUUGUCAGGCAGUGCGUUCGCGGGUCAUGUCACCAACCCGUACGAUCCCUCAAAGCCAGCCGACGUAGGCCACUUUCUCGUCGCUAUCAAGCCAGAUCUGUUCAUGAGCAUCGACGACUUCAGAGAGAGGAUGGACUACCUCUACUUACGCGUUGUUACGUCCAAUAAGAUGGCGGGCGUUGACCGCAUCUAUUUUCCUGGCGAGAUUGAAGACCUCAACAAAGUGAGACGCCUAAGGGACGGUAUACCGCUUGUAGAAGCCGAAGUUCAAGCGUUGAACAAGGAAGCAGAUCGCGUUGGAGCCGCAUCUCUCAUUACCCUGCCGCCUCAUCCGCUAAAGUCGCAUUUGUAGAUUAAAUGCAACCCCAGGCCUCAAUGUGUACCUGUUCGGUGUCAAAUCUACCGGCGAAUUGCCUCGUGACGGGUGGGCUCAACACCGUCGUUUUGUGGUCCCGGUUCGUCGCGACUUGUUGGCCAAUGAGUGGACGCUUAUUGACGCGGUCCUUCAUCGGGACGAUUACAGUCGGUGCGAGUUAAGCGUUUCCGACAGCUCUUGGAGUGCCAAGGGGAGGCUUGCCAGGAUUGGUGCGGGGUGGACAGUCUUCGAACGACUCAGAGUGUGGAGGAACAUGUGUCACCGAAUUCUUAUUCGUCGCUUUCCCCGAUACUAAGCUCCAUAUGUAAGGAAGCUUCUCCACCUAAGCAUGCAAAGCUUCCUGCCACCAAACUGGGCAUGUAACAUCGGUCGACUGCUGUCACGUAGCCUGACAGCGGCGCAUACAGCCGUUCGGCUUUUUACCGGUUUGCCUUGAUCAGCGGCUUGCUUACCUGAACGAGACAACGGC